AUGCUCCACACAAUGACAUGUUGGCUCCCGGUCCUGGUCCUCCAUUUGGUCCUCCUGAGCCCCCCGCGCGUGGCAGCCUGCCCUGCCCGCUGCGAGUGUGCCCCGCAGAUCAAGUCGGUGGUGUGUCACCGCAAGCGGCUCACCUCCAUCCCCGAGGGCAUCCCCACCGAGACCAAGAUCCUGGAGCUCAACAAGAACCGCAUCCGCUGCCUGAACCCGGGGGACCUCUCCCCGUACCCACUGCUGGAGGAGCUGGAUUUCAGCGAGAACAUCAUCUCCAAUGUGGAGCCAGGCGCCUUCAGCAACCUGUUCAACCUGCAGACCUUGCGGCUGCGGGGGAACCAGCUCAAGCUCAUCCCCCCGGGGGUCUUCACCAAGCUGACCAACCUCACCCUCCUGGACAUCAGCGAGAACAAACUCGUCAUCCUGCUGGACUACAUGUUCCAGGACCUGCGAAACCUGAAGAGCCUGGAGGUGGGUGAUAACGACUUGGUGUACAUCUCCCAACGGGCCUUCUCGGGGCUUCUUGGCCUGGAGCAGCUGACCAUCGAGAAGUGCAACCUGACCUCCAUCUCGGCCGAGUCACUCUCCUACCUCCAGAACCUGGAGGUACUACGGCUCCGGCACCUCAGCAUCUCCACGCUGGAGGACCAAAACUUCAAGAAGCUCUACAACCUGCUGCAGCUGGAGAUCGACAACUGGCCGCUGCUGGAAGAUGUCUCCCCCACCAGCUUCCAGGGCCUGAACCUCACCUCACUCUCCAUCACCUACACCAACAUCACAGCCGUGCCCGCCGCUGCCUUGAGGAACCUGGUGUACCUUCGGUACCUGAACCUGUCCUACAACCCCAUUAGCACUGUGCUGAAGGGCUCCUUUAAAGACCUCAUCCGGCUCCAGGAGCUCCACAUCGUGGGUGCUCUCUUGAUGUCUGUGGAGCCGCAGGCUUUCUCCGGCCUGAGACAAAUCCGGCUGCUCAAUCUCUCCAGCAACUUUCUCUCCACACUGGAGGAGAGCACCUUCCACUCUGUCAACACACUGGAGACGCUGCGGGUGGACAGGAACCCCCUGGCCUGCGACUGCCGCCUGCUCUGGAUCCUGCAGCGAAGGAAGACGCUCAACUUCGAUGGGCAGCAGCCCAUGUGCUCCUCGCCACCCGAAAUCCAGGGCAAUGCCCUGCGCGACUUCCCGGACUCCGUGCUCUUCGAGUACUUCACCUGCCAGAAGCCCAAGAUAAAGGAUCGGAAGCUGCAGCACGUGACGGCCCGGGAAGGGCAGUCCGUGUCCUUCCUUUGCCGGGCGGACGGGGAGCCGGACCCCUCCAUCGCCUGGGUGUCCCCCCCGCACCGCAUGAUCGCCACCCGCAGCACGGGGCGGGCGACCGUGCUGCCCGGGGGCACCCUGGAGAUCCGCUUCGCCCAGGUACAGGACAGCGGCACCUACAUCUGCAUCGCCAGCAACGCGGGGGGCAACGACACCUACUUCGCCACCCUGACGGUCAAGGGGCGCCCGGCCGAUGGCUCCCACUACACGAACCGGACUUUGUACCUCAGCGAGUUCAACGACACCUCCCACAACGACACGCAAGUCUUCUUGAAGUUUACAUUGGACCUCAAGACCAUCCUGGUCUCCACGGCCAUGGGCUGCAUCACCUUCCUAGGUGUGGUGCUCUUCUGCUUCCUCCUCCUCUUCGUCUGGAGCCGGGGCCGAGGGCAGCACAAGAACAACUUCUCAGUGGAAUACUCAUUCCGCAAGGUGGAUGGUCCCACCACCACCACCGGCCAAGGAGGAGCCAGGAAGUUCAACAUGAAGAUGAUCUGA